AAUAAAUUACAAUUUGUGUUAAUCAAGGGCUUAGAAUGCUUUUUGUUUAUAUUUCUUAUAGGCAGUCUGCAAGUGCUAGCUCAGUUACAGUAAUUUAUAUUACUGAGUCACUUCAAUAAUGUCUUAUAUUCAACUUGGUAAGCAUUAAAACGUUAAGUUUAAACAGACUUGGAGCAUUUGUCAAAAUGUUAAACAGUAGAUCCAUUAUUCCUUUAGCUUUCCAUCCAAAUGAUAAGUGUUAUUGUUAAUUCGUUAAUAUGUAGAAACAACACCAAUAAACUACAAUUCUUUAAAGCUCUAACCUGAAAUACUUUUAAUAUAACUCAUGUAUUCUGUUUCUAUCAAGAAAACAAAUAGAACAAACAUUACUAUUUCUAUUGCCAUCACGCACUGCAAAUAGCAGUAGAAAAAGGCCUAUCCAUCACUCCAUCACUCCUACACAUUGUAGACCACAUAAUCAGCUUGGUGCUUGCUGUAGCCAGAGCACUACUACAUUAGUAGUUCUUGAAUGGGUUAAGCUUUCUGACACUGAUAUUACUGCUUACAGUUUAUAGUAUGCAAAUUAAAAGCCCAAAAAGACCACAAUGCUUCCUGUGAAUGUGAAAACGUGGUUGAAAAAUGAGAGGGUUGAUGAGCUGGGCUAAACAAACCUGUCUUUAAAUGUCCUUAUGAGGGCUAAAUUUGAUGAUUCACAUUUCUUUAGACUGCCUGCUCUUUGCUACAUUUUUAAUAAAUUUAAGACCAUUUUCAAAGGAUAUUUCUUUUUUAAUGAAAUUCUACUUAACUAUAAAUAAUUGUCGAUCAAUAACAGAAAACAAUAUUAGGUUAUGGUUGCUUCCUGCACUUUUUUUUUCAGAAACAAAACCAAAACUGGGUUUGCUGGGAUGUAUUUCAGGUCGUCCUCCUGAACUCUGAGUUCAGGAGGAGUUCAGGAGGAGGGCUGGGAGGACAUCCCAUGCAGACCCAGAGUCCAGGAGGACAGCCCGUAGACCGGCCGAGCAGGGUAGAGGACCGUGGAAGCAGCCGAUCAGGAGAAAAGCCACAAGGAAACUGGCGGUGGAGCUCUGGAGACCUGGAACCAUGGUGGACCCCUAGCGAGCGGGGCAGAAACUGCUGGGACCCUGGUGAGCUGUGCCCUGGAGAUCUGCAGCAGAGCCGCUGAGGCACACCAGAUUGAGGAAGUGCGUCCUUGCAACCCUCACGGACAGGAACAGGAAGUGUAGGCACCUUAUCCUCGAGCUCCUCCAAAAUAGGAACUGGGACCAGGAGUGGAGGCAGCUCGAUCUCGAGCUCCUCUGGAGCAGAAACAAGAACCCAGGGUGGAGGCAGUUUGGUCUCAAACCCCUCAUAGACAGGACCAGAUUGUGAAGGCGGUUCAUCCACAGACCCCUCCGGAACAGGAUUGGGGUCGGCAGCAGUGAUGAUGGCCGAUCAGAGGUGAAGCCAGGAGCAGAACGUCACACCGACCCUCGGUGGAGAGUGGAGUGGAGGAGAUAACAGGAUGGAUGCGGCUAUCUCCUCCAGAGCUUUCUGACGCUAUGUUUCAAUAGUGAGGAAUGGUGUCGGACAGGCAGCUGAAUGAGCCACAGAGGGAUCUGAGUAGCUGAGAUCAGGAGUGUUGAUGAUCUACAGCUGUGGGACACACCUGCCAGUCCACCCAUACCAACUGCCAGUCCACCCUACGAACUGCACAAUGGACGGAUGGAGGGAGGGAUCUUUUUGAGUAGACCAGGAAGUGCAGUCUCUGCUGGGCCUUCUUUCGAACACUGUCUAUGUAUGAGAACAAGGUCCUAAAGAAAGCGUGGAUCCUUGGAACCACAGAGUGCUAUAACCCCAUGGUCCUCUGCAUCGAUAAGAGAGAAGGGGAGAGAGAGAGAGAGAGAGAGUUAAAAUUAUCCACCUAAAGCCAAUCCUCCUCAAGCUGAUCAGUGCACUCAAUGGACUUACCAGCUCAGGGACUUCAAACUGCAGGUACAUGCAUAGGUAACCAAAGUACCGUCUAAAGAAGACAAGAUAAGUCAUGCUUCUACCUGGUCAACAACAAGGAAAUGUUGCUCCAGGAUCUGAUGGAUGUUUAGAAGUUGAAGUUAAAUGGAUUACACUUAGCCAACAAGCACAGGAUAUCCUUGGAUCCAAGACUGAUCACUUUCCUGGUACUGGUCCAGCAACUCACCCUCGAGUGGGUGGAAGAACCUUUCACGAUACAUCAGCCAAACUCUCACAGCCUGUUAACUUGCCAUGAAGCCAAGGAAAUUUGUCUGAUUCAAAGAGGUUCGCUUUAAGGCAAAAAGAUAAGUGACUUUUGUUCAUUCCUGGAAUACUUUCUUUUCUCUUGGAGUUUGUGUUACUUAUGAUAUGCCCCGAAACACUUACAUCCAACACAAAUGACCUCCAUUCAUGGUGUUCCUCAAAAUAAAGCUAAUUCUUGGGAAAAUUGUAAUUUAUCAAGGAACUAUUUUCAUUAUAACAAAGCAUGGCUGGAGACAACAGCCCACUGAGCCUCAUGCCUUCACCUGUAAGGUAUGAGCAAAGGUUUGGACCACCUCUAAGUUUAAUCCUCCCUCUUUUUACAUUACACUCUUUGAUUUUUUAUUACUUUCUGUCAUGUGCUGCUGCUGUGGGCACCAUAGAAUAUGACUAUGGAAUUAGUCCCAAAUUUGUCUGUACUCCCAUUCCCCCAGAAGCAGACCCUAGCUGUUAUUCACCACCCUCUGUGCCCCAUGGACCGAGCAGUAGCAGUCAUGGGAAUGACCACAGUGGUGGGAGCCAUCGUGGCGCAAUGUCAGAUGAGGCAAAGGCCACAAUUUUGCACCUUCGUGAGAGCCUUGUAAGGCAGAAGGAAACAAUCCUGGAUCAGCGGGAGACCAUCAGAGAGCUGACUGCCAAACUUACCUUGUGUGAAGGUUUUGGCAGUCACCAUAGCAUUGGUCAACAUCAAAACCACAAAAAACACCAUGACACGCAUCAUGACACCCAGCAUAGCAGCCAUCUUGACAACCAUAACAGCCACCAUGAUGAGCACCAUGGACAUCAUGGCAGCCAUCAUGGGCCAUCAUCAUUGCACCAUGGGCCCACAGGACAUCAUGGCAGUGAUCAUCACUCCUCCCAUGACAGCCACAGGUCGGACCUCCACCACAGGACAGGCUUGUCAUAUAGCAAGCAGAGCUCUUUUUCCCCAGAACAGACUGGAAAGACACUACAGACAUUGAAAGAGAGACUGGAGAACUUGCAAGCAAGAAACUCCUCCAGUUCCUACUCAAGCUCCCUGAGAGAACUCCUCCAGCGAAAGAUCAAUGCUCUUGAAGAACAGUUACACAACUACAGAGAUCACCAUGACCACCAUGCUGAUCACCAUGAUGACUCGCAUGAUGAUGACCACAGCAGCAGCAGCCACUAUGACAACCACCAUUCUAAUCAUCAUGGUGGCCAUAGCGACGAUCUUCCUGGUAACCACCAUGGCACUGCUCAUCAUGAAGACCAUCACAGCAGCCACCAUGGUAGCCAUAGAUACAACCAUCACAGCAACCAUCAUAAUCGCCAUUAUGACCCCCACUACAACUGGCAUCAUGGUCUUCACUCUGGUCAUCAUGAAGACCAUCACAACAGCCACCACAAUGACCAUCACAAUGACCACCAUGAUGACCAUCAUGGAACACGUUAUUAUGAUAAUCACCAUAAUAAUUUCCAUGAACCUGGACAUCAUGAUGACCACCAUGAUGACCACCAUGGCAACCACCAUGGGACUGAGAACCAUGAACUUCAUCAUCCAGGGGAGAAUCCUCCAAGGCGCCUUCCUUACACUAGUAGCAAGGAAACAAGUCUACAGGGGUCUGGACACAGCAAGCUGGAAACAGUUCUCAGCCAACUACAUCACAGCAAUGACCAUGGAAACCACAAGAAGCUUAAGAGUCCAAGUGCUUUCCUGCUCGAAUUUCCCAUGAGGACCAACUACAUGUAUGCCAGAAUGAAGCGGUCAGUGGUCAACGAGAUCUUCGCCCUGACCAUCUGUCUGUGGCUGAAGCCAGGGGAAGGUCCCGGCCUUGGAACACCCAUUUCCUAUGCUGUUCCUGGACAAGCAAAUGAGCUGGUGCUAAUGGAAUGGGGCAGCAACCCCAUGGAGCUGCUUAUUAACGACAAGGCGGUGACAUUACCAAUAACCUUGACAGAUGGAAAGUGGCAUCAUGUGUGUGUGACGUGGUCAACACGUGAUGGAGUUUGGGAGGCUUAUCAGGAUGGAGUGAAGAAAGGUUCUGGGCAGAACCUGUCAGCCUGGCAUCCCAUAACACCAGGAGGGAUUUUUAUCUUGGGUCAGGAGCAGGACACAAUGGGAGGUCGCUAUGACAUCACUCAAUCUUUCUUGGGAGAGUUGUCAGAUCUCCAGUUCUGGUCCAGAGUUUUGACAGCCAAUGAGAUUCACACCCAAGCUACUUGUGGAGGCCACCUUGUUGGUGACAUCAUGUCAUGGUCUGAAGAGCAAGUGGAACUUCACGGAGGGCUGACUGAGCUUCCUUUCGAGCCUUGCCACUAAAGAGGAACACUGAACUCCCACAGGCAAAGCAGAAGGAUUAUAUGAUUAAAUGCAUGUGUCAAAAAUGGAUGGAGAGUGGAAAAAAAUAUAAUCUUUCUGCCUUCUCCUCCUACGCCCUCACUUCCAUGUUCUCAGCAGGACAGUUUUGAAAGCUCCCAAGAGCGCAGAGCUUUGGAUUUACUGCCUGUAUGGUCACGACUGCGGCUGCUCUGAUGGAUUCAACACACAUAAUUGGAUUUCCUUUCAGCAGAACAGCUACUGAGGUUGCUGGAUGCUAUUGACGAGCUCACUGCAAUCAACACAAACAAUGAAGAGGGUGGAAAAGAGAGUAAAAUGACAGGAAAAGCCUCAUCAGCUCCUCAGCAGGAUUAUUAUUGUGCUAGGAUAUGUUUUUUUGAAGGUCAACCCAAGCAUGACUUAAUAAUGUUACAUUAUAAUAGUAUUUCAUAUUGAAAAUAAUGCAGGCUUUUUCUAGAAAUAAAUGUUUGUGAUUUUAAAAAAAAAUAAAGUGUUGUAACAAAUUAUGCUUAUUGUCGACAAUGAACUGAACAUGUUUCUAAGUUGACCGUUGCUGAAGGAUUGUUACGUAACAUUGAGAUGGUUCAAUGUCAAGUGUGACAUGCUUCAGCUUCAAGCCACCUAAGAGCAACGUAAACCGGCCCACAACGUGUCAGCACUGUGAAGCAAGUGUCUCCUGAUCAACUAGUGGCUUAUGUUAGGAUUUACCAGACCUUAUCCUGCCUAUUUCCAACCAGCUCAAACCCCACAGCAAAGGCAGACACACCAACACCUACGCAGUUGCAUAUGCUCAGUGGAGUUAAAGAAGUGAAAGAGUAUCACUCCAUGGUAGCACUCUACACCAUUUCGUGUUAAAAGUAUACAUUUUUGAUUUUUUCCUUUUUGUACAUGUAAAUAAUAGCAGAUGGUAUAUUUCAAAUGAUUAUACUUUAUAAUGGUAUUUAUGUUGUAAUAAAGUAAAAACAAAUUAACAUAGCACUUUCUUAACCUCUACUUACCUCUUUUCUUUGUUUUUGAAACAUAUCUUUGGUAAUAAACUGUUGUAAUCAGUCAAAGUUCAGCUCCAAGUCAGGCUUUUUUGCACUGACCUAUACUUGAUCAUGGUAAAAAUGUUAUUGACUACAGCAUUUUAAAUCUUUAGCUGUAAAUAUCUGCAAAAUUUUUCUAUGUAAUGCCAAAGUAUUAAGCACUUUGAAAUCAUGUUUUGUUUUUAUCUGUGAUUGUUAGUGGGCCAAAUGUGUUACACUUCUUUCAAACCUUUCCUCUGUUUUUGUCACUUAGACUAUAUGCAUACACUACAGAGAAAUGUUGUUUGCAAGCUCUUAUCUUGAUAUGUAGAACAAUAGUAGCAUUGUCAUCAUUAAUACAAGACUUGCUUCUUUUCGCCUUUGCUGUAUAUUCCAGCAUGUUGAUAGCAUAUGUUUGCUUUAUUCCCGUGUUUUUCUGUAAAUGUAAAUUUAUCAAGUUAUAGUGUGUUCAAAACAGUCCCUCCCUCAAGUAUGAGCCAAAAAUACAUACAGAUUUAUAAAACUUGAAUGAGGAAGAUUAAAUGCUGGAAAUGUUGGUAAAUAUACACCAGUUUUGAAUAAAACUGGUGUAUAUUUACAUUUUUAUAAUAGAUAUAUGUUAAAAUAACAUAUAUCUUGUAACAUCCUUUAAUAGACACAGAUGUAGAUUGUAACCAGCCUGAGGCAGUGGAUGAGUCACAGUUUUGUAAGCCGCACAAAUUGUCAGACGUUAUCCAAUGUUUGAGUGUUUAAGUAAUCAGUUCAGAUUGCUGAAAUUAAGUUCUGUGAAGUUAUCUGUAACAGUUUGCUUGCUAAAAAUGUAAAUAAACGUUUGGAGUGGUGGAAGGUA